GAAAGCCUGACUGCAGGUUCCGGGAGAAGUGCAUCUUGCUCGGGGAAAUGGUCGUAUAUAGCGAUCGGGAGAGAAAGGUGCUCGAGUUCCACAAGCUCCGAAGGCACGUUUCCCGAGCUGGCUCCUUCUUAGGCGCCAACAAGGCCUCUCAGGACGAUCCGGACGAGCACCUUGCCAUUUUCUUCUUCGACGUCCUGCUCCUGGAUGACGAGGUCACGAUGGGUAUGCCGCACACCAAGCGAAGAGCACGCCUUGCGGAGGUCCUCACCAAGAUUCCCGGCAGAGCCUUGACUACAGAGUGGAUGAAGUUCGAUUUCUCUGACCGCGAGGCUAAGAAUAAACUCAUUACGCAGUUCGCUGCUGCCCUCAGCUACCGCUGCGAAGGCCUCAUCCUCAAACCAAAUGCCCCUUUCUUCUCUCUUUCUGAACACGGACCAGACGACUGGCACAAUGCAUUCAUCAAGCUCAAAAAGGACUACAUGACGGAAAUGGGCGGAGAGCGCGAUGUAGCUGACUUUGCAAUCGUCGGAGCUAGCUAUGAGGUGAAACAAGCCCAGAAGUGCAUUUUAUCCAAAACUCGCUGGACAAAUUUCUAUCUAGGCUGCCUGGUCAACAAAGAAGAAGUUUUUCGUUUCCAGAAUCGACCGACCUUCAAGCUCGUGGGGAUAAUUAAAAAAGACCGCUGCAUCCCGGACAGAGAGCUCAAGUACCUUAAUGACCACGGCGUUUUCCGCUCCGAGGAUUACAACCCUGCCAUGUCCUGCGAUGCGUUUCACCUCGAACUAGGCAGCAAUUCUGCGCCGAAGGUCCUUUUCAAGAAACCUUUCGUGGCUGAAGUCGGCAGCGCGUACGAGAAGCCCCCGAAUGAGGAUUUCUUCAUGUUGCGCCACCCUCGCAUACUCAGAAUCCAUGCCGAUCGUACGUGGAAGGAGUGCAUCACCAUGGAUGAGCUGCGCCAGAUGGCCGACGAGGCGAGGAAUGCUCCGCCGGAGGGCGAGUCGCAGCACAUGAAGGCGACAGUGGAGAUGCUGGUGGGGAAGUUGCGGAAGAAAGCUGAGCGAAGGGGAGGAGACAGCUUACGAAUGACGACACCGCGAAGCUCGUCCAUUGCCAUCAGCCCGCUCCUGGUGCAGAAAUCGGGCAAGGAGAACGCAUCGGUUGCAGAGCGGGAGAAUGGCAACAGUUCGAAACUGACGACGCCCAGAAGCGCGCUUAACAGCACUAGUAGCCCGUUCCUGGUGCGGAAAGCGGUGCCCCUCACAUCGCCCGUGGCAAGGCUUCCUACCAAAAGGAAGUAUGCGUCCGAUGAGACGCAAGACUCGCGGCAGACGACGCCGCGGUCCGUCGCUACUACUGUCAGUCCGUCUGCGCUGAGGAUCAUGGACGAGAACCAUAUUUGGGCUUGCUCGCCGCUGGAUUUGGUAGGCAGGGCUGCGCUGGCGGAGGUGCGCACGCAGAAAGAGGUAACGCCCAUGUCAGACUUAUCGACGCAGUUCACCAGCACUAUUGUGACUCCGCGGAGUGGCGCGAGGAUACCGCUGGCGAGUAUAUCGCCCCCGAGAGUGGCAGCGAGGGAGCGCCGCGGUCCGCUACGCCAGAAGUCGCCGCUGGGUGAACCUGUCCAACCCCUUACAAGUGUGCGAAGGUCUUCGGCUCGCCCAGCUCUAGUGCGAGUAGACACAGUUAAGCCCACGGACGAAGCCGUAAGUAAGCCAGCCACAUCAGCGCCAGGGAAAGAAACUACGACCGCAGCAGCAGCACGGCCCGCAGUCUGGAAAAUGCAGCGCAUAGACACGAUGGACCCGUUAGACGCACAAGACGAAGACCGCGUGCGCGUGCUCACUAAGAGACGGGGACCGAGGACUUCGCAAGCGGACACGGCACCCGGGGACGGAGCCAUUCGGCCUGCACGGCAGGACGUUUCUGGUGGUGUAGUUCCUGCGGAGCCGGAGCUGGUGCAUGUGAAUUGGUGCCCGUUGCCCACUCCUCCUAGUCCGGAUGAUCAGCGUAAACGCGUGCCUCGCGCGCAGCUUGCAGAAGCACAUAUGCCCAAACCUGUUCUCAAGCCCGCUGCGAUCUCGACUCCGCCCAUGUCUUCACCACAAGACGCAGAUGCAGACGCAGACGCAGACGCUGCGAACCAGGCGCCAGUAUCCUCCACAGCGCUGCCGCCGCCGCCGACUUACCCGCGCGCAAGGGGGGCGCGCCCAAACUCUCUCAAGCACCGCGCCAUUGACGAUUUCGACGUCGGCCUCUCACCGCGCAGGAAACUGUUCUGCUACGAGCCUGGCGCUGUAGAGCAACAAGCCGCCUUCUCCUGCCUCCCAUCCGCCCACCCACCGUCCCACCACCCGCCCCAACUCCGCCAAACCCUUUCCUUCAGCGCGAUUCUCUCCCUCUCCUCCGCACCAGACCCGUCCCCACUUCCCACGACCACAACCACCACAGCAACAACGACCAACCUCAACGUCCGUCCCAAGCUGCUCACCACCCCCUCAGCACGCACCUAUGACCUCGCGUCCAACAGUCUUCCUCGCGCCCUCGCUCCGUCAACACACGCGCCUAACGACGCUCCUGCACGCCGCCGGCGCGGCGCUCGUGCCUAGUCUUGCGCACUGGUCGCA